AUUUUAUAACAAACGGUUACAAAACGCUUUUCAAAGACCAACUCGACCGAUCCAAGGCAACGUGUUCCUUUAAAUCUGGUAUGUUGUCGGCACAUGGUGAAUUUUCUUUAUUUAUUCAAGGGUUUGUUUUGUCUAAUUCUCAGCGAUUUCUUUAUCUAGUACUUUGUUUGCAUGCCCAGGUUAUGCCUGCAUAAAUUUAAGUGCUUUUAUUUGACUUUAAGACAUUAAAGGGAAAUACUAUUAACAAUAAGUCAGCAUGUGCCGACAACGACAUCUUCUCUUGAUGCUGUUGGUUGUUUUUGGGGAGUUAAUUAGAUCGUUACCAUGGAGAUUCGGAGAGCAAUUAAGAUGGCAUGCUGUAAACUGAAGGCUCUCUCUGACAGAAAUAAAAUUGCCCGAUGCUGAGGUUAUUUGGGGCUUCUCGGAAGUCUUAUAUAUUUGUUGCCCUUUGUAUAAGCUUUAUUUAACUAGGAUUUUUUUUUUAGGGUGCUCAUAUUCCAGAUAUAUACUUUAAAUUGCAGUGAUUUUUGGUUGUGGGCUGGCUAUGCAUUCAAAUUUCUAGACAGGGCUUGGUGAAAAGGUGUUAACAUUUCCUGAAAAGUUAAAAACUGGGGGUCCAAUAUGUUGCUCUGCAUUUUUUUUUUUUUUUAGAAACAAAGAAAUUGUUUUUUUCACAUUUAAUUUCUAUAUCUGUAGUAAGUGUUGUGUAGUACCCAACUAUUUUAAAACUGUUGUGUAAAAAAAUAAAAGACAGUACUGCAAAUUGGGAUGUAAGCACAACUAAACACUUUGGGCACUUGCGAAAGCUGUUUUUUUACCAGUUUGUGUUAAAGAACUGGUGUUAACUUUUGGUAGCACUUUGUAUACUGUAAUGUAGAUUUCCUAAUAAAGAUAACAGUCAUAACAAUGCACUUAUGAAUAUACAACGAUAGAUUAUGAAUAUGUAUUCCGGGCGGUCCUAGACGUACCAUUCAUGCCAUUGGUCAAAACUUGUCAUGUUUACAUGUCAUGAUUAUUCAUUAGGCCAAAUAAAACAAAACUUGUUUAGCGUCCAAGCCCGCUUCCGUUUUAGAGGCCGCCUCCUUUAUUUCCCCAUAAAAAUUUAUAACUAUUCAAUUUUUUUUUUUUUUAAGGCCAACCGGUUUCCUUAAAAAGUGUGUCGGCGGCCAUUUUGAACAAAAAUUAAAUAAAAAAAGGGCCCUCCUCCCUCCUUUUUUUUCAAAAAGGCUGGACACUAAACAUGUUUUAUUUUUAUUUGGCCUUAAGCCGUUUGGACUCGCCCAUAAGGCCCCCGUGUAUACGUAUAAAUAGAGUAUAUUUUUUCCUAGUACUAUGGUAGGCAUUAACUGUAAAUGAAAAUGAUGUCCAUAAGCAUUCGAUGACGUCACUACCCCCACCCCCAGCCCACCCUAAGCCCACCCCUACUCCAACCCCACCCCACUCCUACCCUACCCUCACCCCACCCCACCCCACCCUACCCUGUUUAGUCCUUUCAAGUUUUUGUAUCCGUCUGUGCCCAAUUUCAUAGAGUAAUUACUUAAGCAGAAAAUAUUCCUUAAUAAUUCUCUGCUUAGCAGAAAUGAGCAGUAAACCAGUCAUAAAGUGUACGUUUAACACGGUAUUGUGGCUGGUAACCCUGUUCUGGUAAGCAUUGUGUUUAGCUUCUUUUUUGUGCUUAAGCAGCUCUAUGAAAUUGGGCCCAUGUCCUGGCUGUUGUAUAUAUUUAUUACACUUGCAAAGUAAAAAGUUUAAUAAAAGUGUAGUUUAUGGGUAGAUUUUUGUGUGAGGAAAACUUGGUAAUCGUCACCAUAUUUUUUGUGGACUUUGUGUUUUUUCUUCAUGUUAACAUUUUAAAUUUAUGUAAGUUGUUUCCUAAAGGAAUUAGUAUGGUUGGCAUAAUUAUAGCCCUGGCGGCCUUACACUUUCGUAUUAUACAACACAGAGGAAGAGGGUUAGACUUGAUUCAAGUCCCAAUCCCAUGCCAUCCCCAGAAAACUACUGUUCUGUGAUGCUCACUGUACUGUUGGAUUGUAAGUUGGCGUGAUAUAGGGACGUUAAUCAAGUCUAGGCUAGGGUUGGCCGCGAAUCGAUCGUUGGAACUUGUUUCAAUUGUCUAGGAAAAAAAUAUUCGGUUGAUGUAUCUAUUGCAAGAAAGAGGAAGACAGAAUAAGUAAGUUUGUUAUUUUAAAUGGCAAUAGAAACAACAUCUCAACAAUGUACAACCAUUGAAAUAAAGACAGAAAUAAUACCAAGUAAAAGUACUUUCUAUUAAAAAAAAUUAUUUGGAAAAUGUAAGAUGGUAAGAUGGUAAGAUAAGAACUUUAUUAUCCCACUCUGGGGAAAUAAAAAUAACCACAGGGGACAACAAAAAUGAUAACUUCUAUCAUUGAUAUAAUGGCAUGAUGUUCUUCAAAUCUUAUUAUUUUCUGGUUUUCGUUGGGGACCCUCAGAGAAAAACAAUUGCCAAUUUUGUAGCCGGAAAAGGCGAUAAAAAAGUUUUAGAACCGAAAGUUCAGAAGUCAAUGUGCAAAUUCAGUCGAGAAAUUGUACACCUAUGUUAAAUGCUAAAAUGAGCUUAAUAUUAUUUCAAUGCAUAAAUUAUCAGAAGUUUGUUCCUCGCUUUAUACAUGUCUAAUAGUAUCCUAAACUUUGAAUGAAAAAUGAAAAAGGACCUCAGAAUCAUUUCACAUUCUGAUUUUCAAAGUUAGCAAGUUUUGAAAAGUAUGGUGUUUAUGGUGAACUUAUUAUCGUUAAACGUCAAAUACAAACUGCAUGGUAACUGUAUCAAUUUUGCUAAGCAAGAGUUUUCUCUGCUAUCCACGUUUGUGGUAAAGGCUCUAUCAAAACCAUACUUUUGUCCAUUGAGUACUAUAGGUUCGAUGUUGUGUUGAAUUUUGCAAGUAAACUUUUUUUUAAAGAAACUAUAAUUCCCACCAUAGAUUUUGCACGUAGUUUGUUGUUAAAAAGUGUUUGAAAUUAUAUUCGGAAUAUUAAAUGAUUUUCUUGUACUGGUCCACGUUCUAUCGUCAUUGAUGAGAGUGUUUCUGUUUUUACCAGGGAGGGAGGGAUUACUUCUAGAAACUAUAAGGCUCCCCCGUGAGCCUUAUAGUUUCUUGAAGAAGGGAUGGAUAUAAUAUGAUACGGUCCGGCGAUGUGGUGAUCAUGAUAAUCCCUACACGGGCGCGUAACACAGAUGCUAAUUGGUAAAAAUUAAAAAGUACUCAAAAAAAAGUAAUAUUGAAGUCUCUCGGCCUCAGCUCUUGGAAGUCAAUCAAAUAGUUAGGCCUCCUUUCACAGACAACUGUCUUUCCAAUCAGUUUCUUUUCAUUUUUUUUGGCAGGUCAGCAGAAUUCUAAAUAUCGAAAGAAAACACCCGAAAAAUGUUGUUUUUUGGUUACCAAACCGACUUGCUGCCAGUUUUUAUGAGCCACUCCUUAAAUUCCCAAGCCAACCACAUUAGCGCCUAAUAAUUUCAUCAAAUCUCCUCGAAAUUUGAACUAUGUACAACGUCCGCCAGGCUUGGGUAUGAUGCACGAAAUCUAUUAGAUGCAUGCCCUCUACUUCUAGAAAAUUUCACGGUGAGCCUUAUAGUUUCUAGAAGUACAAUGUAGGCCUACAUGCCCUCCAAAAUCUUGAGGUUUGGGGCUUAGUUUUUCGUAUGGAUAGUUGAGAGACGUGUAAAAAGAAUCUGCAAAAGUUGACCGUUGGUUUUGACUAGCGCCCUCUCUUGUAAAAGGUAUGCGGGGGUUUUGUUUUCGUUUAGAAAAACAAAGCCUAAUUUGUUGACGUGCAGCUGAUGUUUUUAAAAAAUGCAUCAACAUUUUAAAAAACAAUUCAAUUUAUCUUUGAAAUGAUCACUUCAAAGAUCAGCAAAAGGGUAUUUGAAGUGUUUACUAUCGCCUCUAACGAUAACCUCAUGUUUAAUUUGAUAACUUGUUACUGACACCAAGUACACGUUUUGAAGUUAAAAUUUCUCAUUCAUAAAGCAAGGGAUUAUUGCAACACUUCACGGGAAAUAUCUGUGAAGGAAUUUGGUGUUUAUUUUGCUGUUUUGCUGUUUUAGGAGGCUCGAAAUGGUUUGGGUAACAGAUGACUGAUGCGUCGUGGAAAACAAACUUUCCUAGAGGACCCCAUCUACCGGCAACAACUCGCCCACUAAAGGACUGACAUCAUCGGCAGGGUAACAAAAUGAGCACCCGGUCGCGCCAUCGCGCUGAAAUCCUCUGCAAGACCUGCGGGCAGGUCCACGAGGCACACGGCAACCACCUGUACGACUACUGUGAGAGCGUCGACGAGGAGUUGACGUGUAAUAUUUGCCUGCAGCCGUUGGUCAGCCCAACGGAUACGAUCUGCGGGCACACGUUCUGUAUUAAGUGCAUCCGCAGUACGGUGCGCAUCCACAAGAUGUGCCCCAUUGACAGGAAGCCGUUGACGAGUCAGGAUUGCAGACCAUCCAGUUUCAUCGUCAAAAGAAUGUUAGACCGCCUUCUCGUCGUCUGUCCCAACACAAGUUACUGCAGCGCCACCAUGCCACGGUGCGAGUUGGAACCCCACCUAACGAGUCGCUGCCCAGGGAACGCAGCGCACUGCUCCAAGGAAGCCCAGGGAUGUACGUGGCAUGGGCCGGCAGAGGCUAAGGAAACACAUGUAUGGGAGUGCCCCUACAGAUCCAGGCCAGUUCCUGUAGGUGUACCGAUUAAGGACGGCACACUCACAACCAUCGAGAUCUUAAGACGGAGGGAGGAGGAGCUUGGGAUCAGCAUCGUUGGGGGGAAUGAGACACCACUGAUUGGUAUUGUCAUUCAAGAAGUCACAGCAGGCGGCAUCGUAGCCAGAGAUGGGCGGAUAGCAGCGGGCGAUCAAAUAGUCCAGGUCAACGACGUUGACCUGAAGGACGUCAGCCAUCAAGUCGCCCGCAUGGCACUCCAUCGAGCCAGGUCCCCGGUACGUCUCACCAUCUACAGGGAGAAAGCGGAGAAUACUAGUCAGCUGGAGAUGUUUAAGAUCAACCUGACCAAAGUGCCUGGCGUUCCACUGGGCAUCAAGAUAGCUGCAAAAAGGAACGAACUGGGUGUUUAUGUUGUGGAAGUGCUGGAGGACAGUGUAGCGUGGUGUGACAGACGACUGAAAGCAGAUGACCUCGUGGUAGAGGUCAACGGUCAGGACCUCAGACAGGCUACACCGGACAGAGCGGCACACGCUAUCAAUGAUGCAGGUGACCGCAUUAAGUUGGUGAUCCUUCGUCACGCCAGACCCCCUGAGGAUUCCCAAGACUCUGAGGCCAUGCAAGCCUUGCUCAAUGAGUUCCCCUCAGAAGCAAUCUCACGCGAGUCCUCAGCGCUCAAGACACGGCAGGAGAAACUCAUCAAUAUCAAAAAGGGGAGCAAAGAGAGCCUUGGGAUCAGCGUCAGCGGGGGAAGAGGGGGACCCAGAGGGGACGUACCGGUAUUCGUCACCAAUGUACAAGCAGAUGGAUGUGUUGGUCGCCAGGGACAGUUGAAGAAAGGAGACAUUAUCCUGACAGUGAACGGCACCAGUCUAUGGAACAUGUCCCACACGGACGCAGUCAACAACCUGAAAGCUAAUGCCAAUUCCAAAGCAAUCACACUCAAAGUGCUAGAGGGAGACAGGGCACUAGACGGCUCGACUCGUUACUCCCCGUCAUGGUUAACGUGGCUCACUCUUCCUCAGUUUUGCCAGAUUCAGAGUAAACUCUCUCUGGAGAAAGACUCCUCACCGAGUCUAGGGUUCAGCGUCGUCGGGGGAUGUGACUGCACCCAUGGCAACCAGCCCAUCUUCGUCAAGACCCUGGUGCCCAAUGGUGCGGCUGGACGCAGUGGAAGCCUCAAAUGCGGCGACCAAAUCCUGAAAGUGAACAACGAGUGCCUGACCAAUAUCAACCACACGAAGGCAGUGUCCAUCCUCAAGAACACGCCCGGCAGGGUACAUCUCACGGUGGUGUCGUGGCCCGGAACGGCCGUCUGACAAAUCGCAGUUCUUAGUCUUUGUUUAACCUCCUUAGGGCAUAUCCUAGCUAUGGCUAUGACUGUGUGUUGCCAAGGACGUCCUAUACUUCAAUGCAUGGUGAUGCAGAAAUCUAGCCGCAGCCAUAUCUGUAGCCGCUAAUUUCGGACACAGCCAUAGAUCGAUAAAAUUUAGUCCAUGUUUGUUUGGUAACCCGCCUGACAGUUGAGGGAUGAACAAUGUAUAGAAAAGGCACCAGUCUUUUUACAGACUGAUUUUGAAACAAAUCGCUCUCUCGUCACAGCAGGAAUGUAUUUGAACAUGUUUCAACAUUUGUCUGGUACCCUGAAAUCCAUCAAGCAGAGAUUUUGCGCAGAGAGCUAAAACUAUCUUUCGCCACCCGAGGGCAGUGGUUGACGAACAGAUAUCACUGAGGUUUAGUUUAUUGUAUGUACCUGUACCUACAUUUGUGUACACUGUACUCGGAUGCCCUCAGUUCUGCAAUGGUUUUCCAAAGGUGAUGUUCUUCCCGGUCGGACCCUGUGUUACCCUUUUGAACCACCCCUGCGCUUUCCCCCACCCCUGUUCACUUCUAUACGUAUGUGUACCUCUUGAUGGUACCGACGUGGCACCCAGAAUGGGUUCUUGUCGGCCUACACACAGGACCUCUGAUUGUUCCUAGUAUGACUCUAAUGACAUCCAUCAAGCAGAGAUUAUGCGCAAGGAGCUAGAACUAUCUUUCACCACACAGUGAGACUGUACACCUGAUGGCACCCAGAGGCACCCUGUAGUCGCCCUGAUCACCCUGAGACUACAUUUAUGGGCUCCCUUGUUGUACCCUUUAUCCUUUCUUAAGGUACCUAGUAUGUCUUCCCUGAUGGUACCCAAUGUCUCCCAGAAAUGUGUGUCCCUGCAGUGGCACGCUGUUCCCCAGAUUACAUCUUGUGUUAAACCUCUUCUUCCUAAAAAAAAACAGCAUGCCCCUGGAGGCGACCUGUUUACCCCGAUGGUGCGCUUUGUUCUCCUUUGUGACGCCUAGUUUACCCGAAAUGUAUCCCAGCCUAUCCUAUGGAGACAUCAUGUGUUGCUUUAAAGGCACCUUAUGUUUCCCCGAUUGGAUCCCUGUGUGAGAGGAGAAUACACACCCCUCCUUGAUGGCACCUAGUUUAGCCCAGAUGUCAUCCAGCAUGGCCCAAGGACAAAUGUGGUUAUCUUUGUUGCGCCUCAUGCAGAUUGGCACCCUGUAAAAGGAGGACACACCCAAGGGAAGCUAGAUUAGCCCAGAUACCAUCCAGCAUGUCCCAAGGACAAAUGUGGUUCUCCUAGUUGUGUCUCAUGGUUCCCGGAUUGGCACCCUGUAAAAGGAGGACACACCCAAGGGAAGCUAGAUUAGCCCAGAUGUUAUCCAGUAUGUCCCAAGGACAAAUGUGGUGCUCCUAGUUGUGUCUCAUGGUUCCCGGAUUGGCACCCUGUAAAAGGAGGACACACCCAAGGGAAGCUAGAUUAGCCCAGGUGUUAUCCAGUAUGUCCCAAGGACAAAUGUGGUUCUCCUAGUUGUGUCUCAUGGUUCCCGGAUUGGCACCCUGUAAAAGGAGGACACACCCAAGGGAAGCUAGAUUAGCCCAGAUGCCAUCCAGCAUGGUCCAAGGACAAAAUGUGGUUCUCCUAGUUGCGCCUCAUGUUGGCACCCGGUGAUUCCCAAGGAGGACACACAAUCCCACCCAAUGGCACCCAGUUUACCCCAGUGUGCAUGUAAUGUAUCUGCAGGUUUAGCCCAGUUCCCCCUUCCGAAACCCAAGUAGUGCUUCCUGUGGUCAAGAAACUCGCACUCUUAACGCCUGCAAUGGACCAUAGCCUUUCAUACUCCCAAAUAAAAAAAUUAUUCUUCUACAACAGUAACUUAUUUUCGCACAUAAAGGAACCCUAAUUAUGCCAAACAUGCCUAAAUCUGAAAGAACAAAAUUUGAAUAUGCAAAUUAUUUUAUUAUUUGCAUAUUUUUUUACUGAAUAUUCAUAGUUUUUCCUAAUGGGAAAAAAACCUGUGUAAUGUUGAUGGUUUCACUGAUUUAAAUAAUUUUAAUAUGCCACAAAGUUUCUUCCCGGGUGAAAACUCUGUGCUGUUUGCCGACUGAUGAAAUCAGUUGCUAUUACUUUCAAAAUGAGAUUUUUUUUCUCUGUGUAAAAAACUCUGUAUUUAUUGUUGACGAUUCUGAGCUUUCUUCGUCCAGUUUUGUUCUGUAUAAAAAGAUGUAUUUGCAAUUCUUUCUCCGCUGAAAAUAUUGAAUAUCUGUAAAAAGAGUACUCUGAUGAAUAACUGAAUUAAUUUUUAUGAAUGUUAAUGUUAUUAUUUUCAUGAAUAUUCAUGUCUAUGUUUUCUGUGCUAAUAUUAAUGACUGCAUCAAUGCACUCAUAUUGGAUUGUACACUAUUGAUAUUGAUAUGAAUUAUUUGGAUGCAAAUUGUCCUUUUACUUAUCAGCUUAGCAAAAAUGUCCGAUCUUUCUCCGUCAUGGAGUAAGUUGACAUCAAGUCUUAUACAGUUUUGGUAGGGAAAAAACAUUGCUUAAUUUUAGUCUUUCGGGUAUGAAGUCAUAUUUGAGAAAACUAUUUGAAAGCCGAAGUAUGUGCAACAGUUGAUUUGGGGUGUGACAACCCACAGUGUGUUUAAAGGCAGUGGACACUAUUGGUAAUUACUCAAAAUAACUAUUGCCAUAAAAACUUACUUGGUAGUAUA